AUGUCUCGCUAUUCUGGGAAGAUCGUCUUCUACGAGGGAAAAUGCUUCACAGGCCGGAAGCUGGAGCUAUGUAGUGACUGUGAGAACUUCCAAGACCGCGGCUUCCUGAACAGGGUAAACUCAAUUCGCGUGGAGAGCGGCGCCUUCGUCUGCUAUGACCAUCCGGACUACAGGGGGCAGCAGUACAUCCUGGAGCACGGAGAGUACCCCGAAUAUCAGCGAUGGAACGCCCUUAACGACCACAUGGGCUCCUGCCGGUCAAUCAGAAUGCACGGCGAGCACUACCGCCUGGAGCUGUUCGAAGGGGAGAACUUUGGCGGUGAACACAUUGAAUUGUGCGAGGACUGUCCCUUUCUCCAAGCACGAGGCCUGACCAAGAACUGCGUCAACUCCGUGAAAGUCUACGGAGACGGAGCUUGGGUUUUGUACGAAGAGGCAAACUACCGCGGGCGCAUGUACGUGGUGGAGCGGGGGAACUUCAGCUCUCCAAAGGAAUGGCACUGCGAAACCCCGACCAUCAAGUCCGUGCGCAGAGUGGCCAACUACUUCUAA